CGAACUUUGCGGAACGGUUCAGUCUACUGUUAGCAGUCGGGAAAAUCGCAUUGAAUGAAAAAAGCCUUUUAUAUCGGUAUUUAAUCUAGAGUUCAGAGGAAGUUGUGAAAAUCUUCUCUGAAGAAUCCGGAAAACAGUGUCUGCCACAUCGUCUGGAGCCCCGUCGCCGUCAACAGUUGCACUACUUUCGGUAGACCGUCGAGGGAUUUUGUGUUUGAUAACGGUUCGUGUUUUUUUGUUCGCCAGUUGAUUUUUGAUAAGCGGGAAACUCGAGCGGAAAAACUCAACCACCCCCUGAAUACUAUACGUGCAGCCGUGUGUGUAGUUGUCGUAUGUGCAAUUUUUGUUACGUUCGUUGCUUUGCUGCAGAGUAUAUAGGUAUCGGCUAAUUGUGUUGUAUCGAUUUUUCUUGGCGUUUGUUAAGUUUCAAGUUUCUUGGUUCCGGCUUGGCCGCUGAGUGAAGGUAGCACUAACAGCAGCAGCAGCAAACAACUGCGCGACAGCAUAUUGUGUUGAAUAUAACGUGUGUGUCGAAAGAGGUUCUGUUUUGUUGUGGUUUUUUUUUGUUGCUAUUUCGUUGCUGAAAACAAAUUUCGCGGCACGUUCUCGAAACUUGCGAAGGUACCGUGUAAGCGAAAUUAUUUAGUACAGUUCAAUUCGCUGCGAUAGGCGCAGUCAAGAAACUUGUGUAUAUAUGUAGAGUGUGGGAAACACGCAAACGACUAAAUCCAUUAAGCAUUGUAUCGUAUCGUUGGUGGAAAAAUCGUGAAAUAUUAGUUUCAGUGACAUUUGAAAGCAUCAGUCAAAGCAAAAGAAGUGGAUUUGAAUGUAAUCACCUUCGCAGCUGUAGUGUAAAAAGCUUGAAAUCAAAACCCUGCAGUAUAAUAGUGUAAAGAAGAAAAAAGCGUUUAUGAUCUGACGUGGUUGCACAUCUAGGAAAGCUCAUAGAAGAAUAUACAGCUAAUAAUAAUAAUAAUAAUAAUAGUAAUAAUAAAACGAAUCCGUUGUAUAGCAAUAGUUGUUUCUCUUGCUCUCAUUCGAUUGAGGAAGCUUUGCACGUGAAAAAGUGAAGAAAAAACAGAUAAUAGCGUAACUAAUCGCGAAAAAGGUAAAUAAACUAAAGCAUAACCAGUCAAUUCGAAACAGUGAAGGAAGGAAAGUUAAGGAAAAAAAAGCAACAAAUCGUAGCGGUGUAGAAUUGUAACAAAGCAGUGAAUACUUUUUCCCCCCAUCCUCCAGUGAGCAGGAAAUCUCGAAAGCACAGUUUCAAUCAAAAUAUUUUCGCUACUAGACGUGGAACAGAUUCCGGAGAGUUGCAGGCGCAAACAGUAGGAAUUUUUAAUUCGGCCCGGUGGAAACGUUCGCAUUAACGUGUUUUUUCCACCUGCCGCUCCCCUCGUCAGAUCCAGCCCAGCCGCCAGUCAGCCGUCGACGGCCGUCGUUUUCGUUGUUCUCCGCACAGGGAAAUUGGCGCUCGGCGCAUUCAACUGCCAGGCCAUUGAAUUCGCUGGGAAAUCCAAUUACACUCGGACUUUGAAUCGACACAUGGUGUUCGAUUCAACAGUGCGUCCUUAAAUUCCGUCACCAUUUCGUCGACAGUGGUGAAACGAAGGCCAGCGCCGCAAAUCACGGUAGCGAGCGCCCCACAAGUCCUAUCGCCGAAGAGACUGUGCACGACACCGCUGGCCGGUGCAGCAACUAUACCGGCCCUAGGUAACUGUCUAGUUUCCGCGCACCAACAGGCUCCGGCUGCUGCCGCCGUAGCCGCUGCAGCCCUGCUGCAACAUCACCAAGCCCAGGCGGCCCAUCAUCAGUUCCAACAGCAACAGCAGCAGCAACAACAACAACAACAGCAACAACAACAAGUCCGUUUCCAAAAUCAGCUGCUAGAAUCGGUCACCAGUGUUGCCGUUCAGCAGCAACAGCAGCAGCUAGUGUCGGUUUCACUUGCGAUCACAUCCAACAGUCACAGUCAGCAAUCCAUGUUCACAUCACCAAUCGUAGCCCAAACCAAUCCGGCUGUCGGUACACAGUCCAUCAACGGUACACUCAACGUGAACGCGGCCAACAACAAUCACAGCCUCGGGCAGACGCAAAAUAGUCUCGCCGGUAGCAACGUGAAAAUGGAUAACUCAAUGGGACAGAUGACCCCGAUGGCCCCGUUGGCGCUCUCCCAGAGCAUGGACUCGGUGAACACGGCUAGCAACGAAGAAGAGGUGCGCACCUUAUUCGUCAGUGGACUCCCGAUGGACGCAAAACCCCGGGAACUAUACCUUCUGUUCAGAGCCUACGAGGGCUACGAAGGAUCACUGUUGAAGGUUACCAGCAAAAAUGGCAAGACAGCAUCGCCGGUGGGCUUUGUCACGUUCAGCACACGCUCCGGUGCGGAGGCAGCUAAACAGGAUCUGCAGCAAGGUGUACGCUUCGAUCCUGAUAUGCCCCAAACAAUACGCUUGGAAUUCGCCAAGAGUAACACUAAAGUGAGCAAACCAAAACCACAACCUAAUACAGCGGCCACAGCUGCACAUCCUGCAUUGAUGCACCCACUUACUGCUGGACACCUAGGUACUCCGUUUUUUCCUGGGGGCCACGAGCUAUGGCAUCAUCCGUUAGCAUUCUCGGCAGCAGCCGGUGAGCUACCAAGUGCAGCAGCCCUUCAGCAUGCGACCCUCGUCCAUCCGGCACUGCAUCCUCAGGUUCCGCAACAAAUGCAAAUGCAACAUCCAUCAGCAAUACAUCCAGCGUCGAUGCAUGUCUCAGCCGGACUGCCAGCGAACCAUUUUUUACCAAGUCCGGCCUUGGCGAGUCCAGUUGGCAGCACCGGUGGCAGCCAGCCGCCUAAUCCGCCUCUGGCCGCCAAUGCUCCCUGUUCAACACUGUUCGUUGCUAACCUGGGACAGUUUGUCUCCGAACACGAGCUGAAAGAAAUAUUCGCUAGUCUGCCUGGCUUUAGUCGCCUUCGUAUGCACAGUAAGGGCACCUCAGCCGCUGCUACUACUGCUAGUACUACUUCUGCUACCAUCACUACCACUUUCAAUACUAACGCCGCUGUCCAAGGUAACAACUAUAUCAACCACCUCAACAACAUCAACAACAACAACGUCAGCAACAAUAGCCCCACCAACAACGUUCCGGUCGCUUUCGUUGAGUUCAAGAAUGUGACCAGCGCUGCUGCUGCUAUGAGCGCCCUCCAGGGCAAGUAUCUGCUCUCGUCGGAUCGUGGCGCCAUGCGGAUCGAGUUCGCAAAGUCUAAAAUGGCAGCUGAUCUUCCCGCCCAUCACCUAUACCACGUGCAUAUGCAACAAAGAGAAGGGAGCGGGUAUGGAGCCAAGAAUGGAACAUCAUUUGGGGAAGAAGAGUGAACGAACCGAUCUCAACACGUAUCUGAUGGCAACAACAUGACCCCAUCAGCAGCAACAGCAACAACCGCAACAUCAACAGCAACAGCAAAACCACCAUCUACAAGCGACGAAUUCUUUCGUCGACAACUCCUACUCGAAUGGAACAUGCGGAAAUGGACUUGGUAUCGGCACUGGGCGCUAUAGCAGUAGCAGCAUCAUCAACAACAAUAACAACAACAACAACCAUAGUUACACUUACAGCAGUAACGUUCACAACAACAAUGGACUCUACGCGUUUUCGGUGCCACAACCGAGGGCGUGAACUCUUGAAAGGGGUUUCUAGACUAACAGAUUAGCGAAACUUUUUUUUAUUUCUUAGCUCAACCCAAAUGUCAGUUGCGUAAAGGAAUAUGUGAUAACAAAUGGGAUGGUCGGGAAUAAGUUCCCGCUUGUUUGCGACUCCAUUAAUUGAACAUGAAUGAACCAAAAAGUGCCCUAAUAAGUUUAUACAAACUUCUACCUUAACAUUUUAAUUUGUGUGUUUUGUUACCUGUUAUCUAAACUAAAUCUUUUUGUUAUCAAACCAUGCUGACACAUUUCGAAGAGAAAGGAGAAAAUGUUUGGAAAAUGCUAGACAUUUGUGAUUAGGGUUUCAAACGAAAAAAAAGUUUGCUUUAGAUUAAUACGAAACAAAGAAAGCAGCAGCGGCAAGUUAUAUACAUGAACAACUAUUAGGCAAAAAAGCAAUAACUAUACUGUAAAUGAAAAUAUCCAUGCAUAUCAAAGAUUUUAAAAUCUACUAUAAAAAGAUUGAUUCAAAUAGUUUGUAAAACUGCGCGUAGAUAAAUCGAACCUAAUACGAAACCAAGAUCCGUUUCCGGUGAAAGAAAGGUUUGCUGUAGGAGAUUUUUAUUGAAUUUGUUUUCUAUUAUUAUGAAAUAUUAAAUGCGGCAUUAUCGGAAGCUAAUAGCAUGAUAGGGUUAAGCAGCAGUUUAAGCAAACAACAUAGCGAACGUAAGACAUGUUUUAGACAAAAUUACUUACCAAAACUAUUCUGUAUCACACUAGCGUUAUGAAUAAAAUAAUCGAUCAGCUAAGAACCGGAAAGGUCACAUAGUCGACCCAACUGGUCGGAAAGUGAGUAUUGGACUAGCGAGGACUACAAUGAAUCGAGAAUAUAAAAAAAGGGAACGGUCAUCUUUUGCACAGUUACCGUCAAUUAGAUAUUACUUAGGACACCAAAGAAUUAUACAAGUUCCUACCAAAAAAACAAACGAAAAGGACUUCUGAAACGGUUCAAAUAAAAAGCGUAACCGACACGAAACAGAGAAGCUACGACAUACCAAAGCAAUCAGCAAUCGAAAAUAUCCGUACUAAUAAGGAAGGAAGAGCCAGCACGGUAUUUCGCUUUCCGACCGGUUUGGUCCUCCGAUCGAUCAUACGAAUAAUUCCAGAAGUUGAAGUUGGACACAUAGGCCGAGGAAGAAAAGAUUAGAAAUCGUAAACAUAGCAAUAGGUAGUACAUAAUACUAUUUUCAGUGUUUGAUAUAGUGAGUGAACCUAGCGUGUAAGAAUCUAUAAGAGCAAAAAUCUCCCAACAGGAAAACUUACAGAAAUAUAACAGGUUGCGGAAAAGUGUUAAGAUCACAUGAUGAGUGAAAGUGUGAAAAUGGUUAGCGAAUAUUGAAAGAUCGGAGUGAGCGGUUCAGCCACUGGGAAACUGGUUUAGAAGAAGUAGAAAUAUAAGAAGCGAAUAAUCAUUCCGUCCAAUACAGUGUGUAGUUAAAUCGGAUGAGUAUGGAUCUGUUUUCAAGACGACAAUCUGUAUCUCGAUCCGGGCCCUGCAGGAAUACGGUGCAGCCGGAGAUCUGGACCGAUGUUUGGCGCCUGUGAUCACCUGACCAGCGAGGUACGGGAUCCAGCUCUCUCUGCGAACCGACUUCUGCUUGGGAGCUAAAUGAAUACAUAUCAACAUUUGGGUUAAAAUUUAGAUAUUAAGAACAAACAAUUUAGCAACGUUAAGACUUAGUGUGUAAGCCAUUAUUGUAAUCGUCUAACUGCUAGUGUGACUUACUGUGCGUCGAGCUGUGACAACUAUAAAGUCCUUGCCGGAGAGAGAAAGAGAGAAAAAAAACUCGAGGGCAAGGUGAAGCUAUGAAACCUAGAACUAGACGUGGCAGCUUGUAUCUGAAUUUCGGAACAAUUUUCGAUCAGUGUGUUUGUUUGACACAUGGGACUGAUCGUUCGGGGAAUCACAUUAUUCGCAGGGAUGAAAACGGCAAAAAAAGAACAAGCUGUCAUGCCUUGUCUUGGAAACUAAUGAUAAGGUUCUGAUUCUUCGCUUCGAUUCUCAGUUAACACUGAGCGAUCUGUUCUGGAAUUAACCUAGCCCAAUUGAAGAUAAUUGUAAAGAUGGAAUAUGUGAUAAAUGGUUCAUCAGAGGAAAAGAAAAAAAAAUCAAUUUAAGUCGCCGCUUAAAAAUCAACAAUACAAGCUUGUAGCGCUGACAUGUGGUGCAUCCAAGUAGGCAGGCACACGCAAAAAAGGCUCAAGUUUGGCCCAAAAAAAAGAUUAUAUUUUAUCGAUUAGUAGGACAGAUCGAUUUUAUUAACAUAUUCAAACGCAAAUGUAUUUUCACUUGUUUAUAUGUACACACGGCUAAGUGAUUGUAGGUGUAACAUUUAUUAACCAAAUAAUAUCGUUUCAUGCAAAUGAAUACCAACAGUUUCGUAUCUAAAUGGCAUAAUUUUAAGGGUCAUCCAUACUGGCGAAUUUUUUUCGAGCGACUUUUUAGUAGACUUUAGUGAAUGUCGGAUUACUAAUCAAACUUCAAAUGCCUUCUAGCUUUAUUUUAUUACUUGUUGACUAAUAAUGCUGACUUUCGCGAAGCUAAGUUAUCUGUCUACAAACGUUUAGAUUUGGUUUAUCGGUUCUUUGAAACAAGAGAAGAAAGAAAACGUGGUAAAAUAUGAAUAAGAAACGAACAUGAUUCACAUGAUACAAGAAAAACUAGACUAAUUAACGAUAUAAAAGAUUAUUCAAUGGAAAAAGUGUUACGAUAAAUCAACAAUUCAAACAUAUCAAUUUCGUGCCCGAUCAUAUUGAAGAGAAUUUUAUUGAUGAAAUGUAAGCAUAUAUUAGCAGUAGCUGACGAGAAAAUAAUAUAUUAACUAUACAUCUAUUACAACUAUGAAAAAAAAAACAAAAAUAUCACUAACGGUAACAAAAACAAUUUAAACAAAAUAUGCUGAUGAAAUGUGAACUUGUGAAGCAAAAAUAAUAUUGAUGUAUCUGUUCAAACAAUGUUGUAAGAUCUACUGAAGAAAAUUAAACGCGAAACGUACUACUUUUCAACUAUCGCUUUACUUUCACCUGGCAGGGCCUAAAAGUAAGGAUAAUCAAGAGCUAGCGGGUGCGCAUUCAACUGGAACGGACUCACCCGGUCUCGUACUGAGGCAAACUCGAUAAGCAAAGACGAACGAUGCACUCAAAUUCAAAACUAUGAGCUUCUCUGAAUGAAUAAUGAAAUUCGAGGAUUUUGACAAUCAAAGCAAAACAUCUUUUACAACUGAAGAAGAUAUCCAGAUCUACCCCGGAAAGGUAACUGGACGUUUACACCGAUUGAAAACGUGUUUUUAAGCAAACCAAACUAUCACACUGAUACGGAAAAAAUCUCAUUUGAUUGUCCCAACCUUUCGGUCCUGCGUUAAUUUUUACUUACUCCCUCCUGUCUAAUUUGAUGAUGAUAAGAAAUUAACCAAAGAUGUGUAUUUUAUUAUUUAGAUUAUUUAUUUAUUUUCAAGCCAAUGCUUAUUUAUUUUUUAUGCUUUACCCUUGAUAAACAAAUGAUCUUUAGCAGUAAAAACAUGAAUAUAUUUUCUAGGAUUAGAGUAACACAACUAAAGUACAUUACAAUUAUUAAGCAUAACAGUGAAUUAUAUUUAGCUCUAGCUUAUGUAGUACAAUGGAAUGUAAUAUCUAGAGAAACAAAAAAAAAUAGAAAGAUGUUAAUUAAACCAAUAAAACUAUCGUCAACAAAAUAUUUGGACAACUUUUCAGUAAACCCCAUGAGUUUUGGAUAGUAAGGUAUAGAAAUGAAGCAUUCAGUGUUGACACGUGAGUUGCUGGAAUAACAAUAAACAUCAGGCAAAAUGAGAGAGAGAGAAAAUCAAUCACUUGCCACCCUACCGCAUCCAUUCGAAGCCCAUUCCUAGUUGACUCAUUGCUAAUAAUGUCAAAGAGAGUAGAACGGAAAUAUGCUAACUUACAGCAAAUAAAAGCAAUUUUAACUACGCUAUCUCACUUGUUUUGUUUGUACACGUAACAGAUUCGAUAUAACUAUAACAAGAAGAUACAAGCAUAAUGUCAUUAGAACAUCGCAAACAGCAACAACAAAACCUAACAAAAUAUCCUUAUUAUGGUAACUGUUAUCCAUUUAUAGAGAAAAGGGAAAAACGAAAACAUGAAAUGACAAUUCUACCAAAAACGCCUUCAGCGACAUUUACAAACUCGUAGCUGAGACUUUUACCUAGUCAAAUAUUUUUUUAUAAUCUAAACAAAAACAAUAAAGGAAAAAAUCAAGGAUUCUAGCGACUUGGUUCGUGUUCUGCGACUUUAAAAAAACAAGCACAUCUUUCAAACGCUUCUCAGCUCAGACUCUUUUCGACUGGUUUGUUGUCCCUCUCGCAGACAGGGAAUAAGAAUGCAAACGCAGCUUUCGCCACACUUCUAUAGUUUCAAUCACGCGCUGCUACAAGCCAACCUUCGUGAUCGCACACAUCCAACCACACGGCAUGCACAUGCACACCACAAAGCGUUUCAGAGCUAACAACAGGAUUGAUCCGAGGCAAGCCGAUGCAGACCAAAUGUUUUUUUUUCUAAUUCUUGUUGAGAAUUAUCGAAUAUUGCACACACACACCAUCACGUUUUUGCGGUAAAAGUGAGCACGAUAGCACACACACAUGUACACAAAAUGACAAAAUGGCACACGUUUAGUGACACAAUAAUGGAAGUUAAUUUAUUCAGUUUCACUACCCACAAUCACACCCAGAACCACAAACCUAGUUUGUCCUAAUGGUGCACAAUUUUCUUAUUUGAAUCCUCUACCCCCCGAGAAUUCACUCACACCACUGUUCACUUGUUCGUUGUUUUUUUUCGAUAUUUUUUAGAUAUUUUCAAUUAACUUAAACACCUUGUUGUUGAAAAUUGAGAUGAUUUCGAUAAUAAUUUUAAUUGUACGAUAUAUGAACGAGAGAAAAUUUUUGACAAAUAUUUUUAUCUAUUCUUAAAAAGUGAUAAAGUAUAUUAAAAACAAGGAAGAAAUGGAAAUAAUAUUGAAACUUUUUAUGGGAAUCUUAUAUAUUAUUGUAAUAGAUCUAGAGCAACAAGUGGUUACAACAGCAAAAGAUUGAAGCAAGUAAUAGGCUAAAAUUAAGUAAAUCAUAAGCGAACAAAACAGCAGAAAAAAGACGCUGGCAGGAAUCUCAAUCUACAGCUGAAUGGAAAAAGAGAUGAAUGUGAUUAACGUUUUUCCUUUUAAGCUAGAAGUUGUUCCAAAGAUUUUUUUCCCUUUUUUACGUUUAGCAGUUUUAAAGACACGUGUUUUUCCUUUGGAUUUUUGCGAUAAGUUUUAUGACGUUCCGGCCGGUCCCGCUCAGUGCUGGUUAGAGGUGAGUGAAAUGGUUUCAAGCAAGGAGUACGUUUGUCCUUCUCUCACACUAUCUUAACAUUUUUUCUACCGUUCUACUAUAAAUACACGAAAACGAGCUUUCCGGAACUUUCUAACCUCUUCUCUGUUCGCGCGCGACUCUCACUCACGGCCAGUCUGGCAGCACUGGAACGUCGCAUCACUUAAUUAUUGUGCACUGUUAUAAUUUUAAUAGAAGAAAAACUCCUAAUCGAAACUACUGUUCUGAAUUGUUAGCUUUCAGUUAUUGAAUUUUCUCACACUGUCUGAACACCAACAACUUUUCGGUUACCUUUGUCAAUCAUUUUCUAGAGCACCUUUCCGUUGUCUUUUCGUCUCUAUAAUGACACACUCAACAUACUACUUUUCAUAACGUAUAAAUACAAGUUCCAUUCAUAUUGUGUGUUUUGUUGACUUUAGUUUUGGUUGACAGUUUUUGUUCUCAGAAGACAUACAAUUCAGAACAGGAAUGGCCUUAAAAUACAAUUUUUAAAUGAAAUAUAAGAGUAAUAAGUAAUUAAAAUAAAAGAAAUGAAUAUUUAAACUUGAUUUUUAAAGGUUUUAACAAAGGAAAAUUCAAUUAAAAUACAUAACGAAAAAUUAAUUUAAAACCUAAAACCAAGUAAACAAUACACAUACGAGAAGAACAUUCAACAACCGAAACAACAGCAACAGUUCACGAAUAUGGAUCAACGCAAAAAAAUUAGCAAUGAACCGUAACGAAAGCAGACAUAUAUUAUUACAUUCAAACCCAAAACGCCCCACAUCCCAGACCUGAAUGUUUAAUUUUCGAAAAUCAGCUAAACAACACUAACGGCAUUGAAACAAGAAAAUUGAUCGCAUUAAAACAGCGAAAAGCAACAUUCAUUCCAAUGUUCAGUGAGAAAAAAUCAUAGUGACAUUCGUAAUUCAGAACGUUAGGAUGCAAACAAAGCGAAGAGCAAAUAAUAAAAAAAAACACCUCAACGAGCAGAGCAAAACUCUACCUGAAUGUCGUGACACAGAAGUAAAAUCCUCGGAUAAAAAAAACGAUACAACGUUUCGAAGAACAAGAAUAUUUCUAUCCUAGCACCAAACAAGUUAAAUGAAGAGUAACAACAACAACAUCCCAGAAAAGGUCAUGAAACAAAACAAAGCAAGAAAGAAAAACAAAAAAGAAGGAAAACUGUACUAACUAUCAAAUGCUAGAUAUAAUUAACAUUGUAUAGGGUCCAAAGGUGGGGAAAGUAAUGAAUUAAAUUACAAAUACAUUAAAUAUGUAAUAACAUAAA